AUGGAGGAUGGGAAGGAUGACAAGCCUAUCAGCAUAUUUGUGGCCAACUUCCCCAAGUCAACUACACCGCGUGAGCUCUACAUUUUGUUCCUGCGCUAUGAUGUUGUGAGUGUCAACAUUGUCCCAACCAGCAAGUGCCCCAAAGCAUACGUGUUGUUGCCAAAUCUAGACAUGGUUGAGGCUGCCCUCCGAGAUAUGAAUCAAAUGGACUACCUAGGUCGGCCAUUGUUGCUGGACAUUCCCCGAACCACCCCUGAGGUGAAGGAGAAACUGAUGGCCCGCCAGUGCAGUACAGGUCGACCUGUCACCAGGACCCGCAGCCAAGUGUUGGAUGGAAUUAGUGACUCCUUGGACUCUUCCACUGAGGCGUCAUCAGAGUCUGAACGCAGUAUUUACGAGGUGUUGGAACUGUACUCUCACAUACUAGACAAGAUGAGAGUGAGGAGGAACAUCCUGAAGGAGGGCAGCCACAUCAAGGUGCUGGUGACAGCUGCAGAGGAGGAGACCUUCUUCUGGGGGCAGGUGGUCAGUGAGAUGGAAAACCUGAGGGCUUUGAAGCGACUGAUCCUUCAGCUGCAAGAUACAGAAAACCACCUGGCCAGGACAAAGGGCCUUGGGCGAUGUGCUGCAAUGUAUGAAGGGGAGUGGCACAGGGCCUGGAUUCUGAAAACCUCCCUGAGACACAACGAGAAGGUGAAAGUGUUCUUUGUGGACUAUGGCAACAUAGAGCAUGUGCGAUCACAUGAGACUAUCGUGGUAGCACCCAAGUUCUGGGAACUCCCACCCAUGGCCAGACCAUUUACCAUUGCAGGUGCGGGACUCCCAGACCUUGGCGCCCUGGAGUCAUCAGUUGUUGACUGUCAAGUAAUGAAGACAGCCCCUGUUGCUAGUGCUAUGCUGACUGAAGUGGACAUAGUGCGGAUAUAA